CAGAAGCAUAAUAGGAACUCAAAAUGGGUCUGAUCUGUUCAAUGAAAUGAAACAUCAGUUUCUGAGUUUCAAAAGGCAGAAAUUCCUGGAGAACUUGGAAUGCUAUGAAAAUCUUGCCAAGAGUCAAGCACCGAAGUUCAUGGUCAUUGCUUGUGCAGACUCUAGGGUUUGUCUCUCCUACAUCCUAGGAUUUCAACCCAGAGAAGCCUUUGUAGUCCGCAAUGUGGCAAAUAUGGUGCCCCCAUUUGAGAAUGGACCAACAGAAACAAAUGCUGCCCUUGAAUUUGCCGUCAAUUCUCUAGAA